CGGCUCGCGUUAGUUCUUAGCUGUUUUUGUGGCCAACACGUUGUUUCCGCGCGCGUUUUUUCCAUACACAAACAAAACAACUGUCGAAUACCGCAUAAAUAAGCGGAAAUUAUUUAGCAAUGGGCAACCACAAAGUGUUAAAGACAGCUGGCAUUAAUUUAAGGUAUUCCAUGUACGAUUUUAUUGACGCAGUUAAGAAGCAGGAUAUUAUUUGGGAUCGAGAGCACGAAAAUUUCCACAAUCGCGAACUGCGAGAUCAGGCCUGGCAGCAGAUUGGUCUGCAGAUGUGUAAGAACUUCGAAGACGCCAGUGUUGGCGAAAAGCAGGAAAUUGCGAAAACACUGCUGAAACGGUGGAAAAAUACACGAGACAGUUAUUUGCGAGUAAACAGAGUACGGCAGAGCGGGGAGGAGAUUUCCCGGGGAUCCUAUAUAUAUGAAAAGGAGUUGAGCUUUCUCUUGGAUGUCAAAGCAGAACAUGACGAAAUAGGACCAUUCAAGGUGGAUCGAAAGACGGCUGUCAAGCGCACGCAUUUACGCAUGAUAAAAACGCCGCAAAAGCGACGUCGUGAGUCGGAGAAUCAAGAGAGAAGUUCGGACGUGGUAGACAUGGGAGUUUCUAUAGAUGCAUCGAUCCAGCAAAAUGCCUUAUUAGAGGACGGCUUGAACACAACUAUGGAAACAUUGAACUGCACAACAAAUACCUCAACUUUAUUGCCUCCUACUCAGCGGAACUUCAAGAAUGAGUCGAUCAGCGCAAUCUUCGGUGCAAACAGUUCAGCUGUUAAUACCUCAACCAACUGCAUCGAUCCUGAUCCCGAUCAGGCGUUCUUCGAUAGCAUAAAGCCCGAUAUGCAGCGCAUGACAAGUGAUCAGAAACUAGAAUUUAAAAUUGAAGUGUUAAAGAUACUUCGCAACUUCAAGAUAUUACCAAAUUGACAAUUGGAUUUGGUUGUGGAUUGAUGGGAACACCUUUAAAGUAUAUGCGUAGCUCAAAAUGCUAUUAUAAUUAACUAAGAUGUGACUGAAUUAUACAAAAAUUUACCUACAUAAAAGCGCAGUUAAUGUUUGGCUGUGUUCAAUUGAUUUGAGCAAUUUGGUGGACAAAACAACAAAUAAAUUAUUAGUUAAUUUGUAAAACAUUAGAUGGCUUACAAAAAUAACAGUACAAUUUAUUAAAACAAUUUUUUAUGGCAAACACCAAUAUAAUUAUGAUUAUAUUUGUUUCGUAAAAAAACAGCUGUUUUCUUGGCCUGGAAGUGACCAUAAGUAACAUUUCUAAAAUAUACAUUUUAACGCCGAUAGGCCAACAUACAGAAACUCCAUAGCAUACCCCUGGUUACACUUCAUGUGGUAUAUUUUCAAUUAAUGUCCUAUCAAGUUCUCUCGUUUUAUUUGUCAAUCGAUUUAAGCGCUUAAAUCGCCAUUUGAAUUAUCGAACUGAAAAAUCAUUUCACAAAUGAAAUGAAGUAAAUAUAUUUGAUAUAUUUAGUUAGACUUCUUGUAGUAGACCUAUUAAUAUCUCUCAGGUCAUGUAUGACUGGUUUUGUAAAAGCAUAUAAUGGGAUGUAUAAGCAUAUACAUACAUGCUAGGGAUACGGCUUAUACUUCCGAAAUUGCAAACCAGUGUAGGAACAUUUUACAUAUGUAUGUAUGUAUGUAUGUAUACUUAAAUACUCGUUAUUCUUAUUGGGAGCGUAAUUGAUUGAUCGCCGUAUGUAUGUGCAUGUUCAGUACAUGCUAUAGGGACUUAAGUAUUGAGUACAUAAAAUAUGCU